GUUCAUUUGAGUCGCUCAGAACACACAUCGUGUGUACUAGUAAAACUCACACCCAUAGCCUUCAUGACGAUUUUGUUUAUGUCUCCCUGGGGUACAGGCAUGUUUGAUAUUUGAUUUUUUGCCUGUUGUGGAAUCUUCCAGCAAGAACAGUGACACAUCUGCAAAGCGGGAUUCAAUAUUUCUUUUACUAUCUGCCUGUUAAAUCUGAGAAAUUGUUCAUUUUUAACUGUUAUUCGAACCUUUGAAGAUCAAGAACGUACGAAGGCUUUGCUUCUGAAUUGCUAUACAAGUUGAAAACAUGGAACGUCAGGAUGUUAUUGAGGCAUUAAGAGCAUCAGGGGAGUCAACACUGGAAAAUGCUAAAGCAAAAGCUUUAGCAGAAUAUUACCAGUUGUUAAAUGUUUCACUUAACAUUGCUGUGACGGGAGAAACAGGAUCUGGGAAAUCCACUUUUGUAAAUUCCCUUAGAGGUCUAGGUGAUGAUGAUGAUGGCGCAGCCCCCACUGGUGUCAUACAAACUACAAUGAAGGCCACCAUGUAUGAGCACCCUGGAAUGCCAAAUGUAAAACUCUGGGAUCUGCCUGGAAUAGGAAGCCCACAAUUUCACCCCAAAACAUAUCUUAAAAGUGUCAACUUUGACAUCUAUGAUUUCUUCAUUAUCCUAAGCACAAAAAGGUUUAGUGAGAAUGACCUUAUGCUAGCUAAAGAGAUAAAAAAGAUCAAGAAAAACCUUUACUUUGUUCGUUCCAAGAUUGACUAUGACAUCAUAUCAGAGAAAAGGAAAAAUGGAUUUGAUGAGCAAAAAGUUCUUUCCAAAAUAAGGAAGUACUGUGAGGACAAUUUAAAAGAAGUGGGAAACCACAGCAUUUUCUUGAUAUCGUGUUUUGAACCAGAGAAAUAUGAUUUUGAAAUGUUUAAAAACACACUCGAAAUAGAGCUACCAACCCAUAAGAAAUCUGCUCUUCUACAAGCCUGGCCGGUGUGCUCUACUAAAUGUCUUGAAGAGAAGAUCGAGUUUUAUAAAGGGCUGAUCUGGGCUGCAGCUUUGGCCUCUGCUGGUAUAGCAGUUGUCCCUCUCCCCGGCUUGUCAAUAGCAUGUGAUGCAAGCAUUGUCUUAUCAUUCUUUGUAAGGUGCUACUAUGCAUUUGGCUUGGAUGAUCGUUCACUGAGUAGACUUUCAAAAAAAGUAAAGAUUCCCUUGGAAAAUUAUUUGCGCAAAUCAAAGAUUGCUUCUGCAAUCCGAAACAAAACAUUAACCAGGAUGCAAGUCUCUGCAGCGUUAGGAGCAGUGGCUGCAGUUGAAUUUGUGAUGAGUCUUAUUCCAGUUGUGGGCAGCAUUGCUGCAGCCGGAUUGUCCUUCGGCACCACAACGUAUAUUUUGAGAGAAGGAUUAAAUGAACUGGCAAGUAUUGCUCGAGAAAUCAGAGAUGUAGCUGGACUUAAUGCAAUAGAUAAUUAAUCAAAUUUGAAAUACUGCCUUUAUCAAUUUCCUGUGAAGGAGGAAUUUGAAGUUUUGUGUAGAGCUUGUUUAUACAUAUUUGAGGAUUAACUGAAAUAGUAAAGAGAGCAGACAUAUGUGUUUCAUUUAUAAUUUUCUUACCCUUACUGUAUGUGUGGGCAUAUUUACUGAUUUUAUAUAGUCAUUUUAUUUUAUAUACAUCAUUAUUUUGUUUUUAUUGCAGUUUUUUUUAAUUGUAUGUGUGUUGUAUUAUCUUCAUAAGUAGAAAUAAUGGUGUGUCGCCAUCUUAAGGUUUAAUUAAUAACUUCACGAGACAAGACAAUAAUGUAAAACAGUAAUAUUCCACUUAUCUUUUUUUAGCAUACAUGUGCUUUAUUUGAAUACAUAUUACAAACUGUCUGUUACAUUGUUACACGUUGAACAGUCUGCUGUUCUUUGCAGUAAAUUCACAAAUGCAUUUUGUAGACACAAUGAUUGAAUAAGUUGAAAGAAAUGAAAUAUAUUCAUGUAAAAUCUAUUACAUAAUUUCUUUAUGUUUUGUUGUUGUUGUUGUUGUUGUGAUAUUGUUAAA